AUGCAGCCUGGAGACCCCGCCCCUUUCAACAGCCAUGUCGCUGUCGAGGACAGAGAAGCUUCAUCUUCGACCACUAUGGAUGUGGACUCGACGCCGCCGCCCACGAAACGCACCAAGUCAACCGAAGCUAGUCGAUCUGCUUCUGCUGAGCCUUAUGCUCACGAUGCAGCGCGCGCUUAUGAUGGUGGCUAUGUCUCGGUCAAGGUAAAGGCGCCACAGCAAAGUGGUGUAGAGACGACAGCCGUCAAAAAGGAGGAAGGCGUCGACAGUACAGCCUCGGGGGUGGACGCGGCCGUCGAGGCGGCUUCGUCGACAGUGAUCAAGUCGGAGCUCGCACCGGCUGAAGCAUCAUCUCCGGCGCUGGCACCGCUAUCUCACCCUGGAGCAGAUGCAGCAUCAUCAUCAUCAACACCACCACCGCCACCACAACUUGCGGCAAAGAAGAAGAAAGUCAGCUCGUCCAGCACAGGAGCGAGCAAGAAAGAUGCCUCCUCCUCCAGCAGCACGACUAAAAGCAAAAAAGGCACGUCCUCGACCAAGAAGGCCUCCGCCAGCAACGACGCCUCGUCCAGUCGCGGCAGAGUCAAAGUCGAGAUCCUCUCCCCGCCUCCCACCGCCACCCUUCCAAUCACCGCAUCUCUCGCCGAAGAGGACGAGGAAGAAGACAACGCGCUCUACUGCAUCUGCCAACGGCGCCAAGAUGACGUCGAAGGCGGCAUGAUUAUGUGCGACCGCUGUGAUUCGUGGUACCACUACCGAUGCGUAGGUAUCACGGAGGAAGACGUCGAGCUCGUCGACCAGUUCAUCUGCCCUCCCUGCCACACCAUCACGGGAGAGCAGACGACGUACAAAGCCGCUUGUGCUCGGCCAAGGUGCCGGCGCGCGGCGAUGACGCCGUUCAGCAAGUACUGCUCCGAGAGAUGCGGCGUGUUGAGUGUCACAGCGAAAUUGGGCGCGCUCAACGUGGACAGGAAUAAGCAGGCCUUGGAGGUGUUGAGGGCCGAUAGUAGGGUAGCGGUUGCGAGGAGAACAGAGGGGUUAACGCAAAGGAUGGAUGGGGUUGGUGGGGUGUGGGAGAGGGUUGUUGCUGAUCAGUUGGGUGGUGGGGAUGCUCUGAUAAAGGCAUUGGGGUUGGCGGAGGCUUUCACAAUGAUGGUCCGAGACCCCGCAGAUACAGGACUUCCCAAUGGCGUAUCCAACGGCGUGCCAGAACCCCCUGUCAACGGCGCAUCAUCAACACGACCGACAGCACCAGCCUCAUCCUCCGCAACAAGCCUACUGAUCCUCGACGAACAACACGCGCUCAUCACUCAACAGCUCCGCAUCGUCGACGUCCAAAAGCAGCACCUCAACGCGCGCCUCGACCGGCUCGAUCUGCGCAGCACGCUGCUCCACCUCGUCUCGGACCGCGUGCCCACCCUCGCGCCCGUUGGCUCCUCCACCUCCGCCACCACCACCGCGGAAGCAGCAGACGAGGACGAAGAGAUGCACGACACGGACCGGAAGCCGAAGAAGAAAAAGGGCGGGUCCAAGGGUAAGACCAAGUCGUCGGCGGAUGUGUCGGGCGGCCCACGGUGCGGGUACGACCAGCGGCUGCACUGGGACGACGCGACGUUCGACGCCUGGGCACGCGCUCCUCCGGGCAGCCGCAUGCUCGCACACGAGACCGCGCUCGACGGCAUUCUCGACGACGAUUCUCCCGAACCCAGCGACCAGCCAAGGGUCGUCUGCGCGUCGGCAAAGCGCAAGUGCCGUCGCCACCUCGACUGGUCCAACCUGUGCGAGCUGGCGCUGGAUGCCGAGAAGGCGUGUCUCAACAACGACUCGCGCGCGCUGACGCAGUCGAGGCUCGCGCUGGUAGAGCGACAGGCGCGCCUCCGGGACGAGAGGCAGGCGGUGCAGCUCUUGCUUCGGAAGGAACUCGAGGCCCAGCGGAGGGCCAGCGAGCAGCGCGACAGAGACGUCGCGAUGAGGAUGGCGAACGAGGGCACGCGGAGGGGAGUGCUGUGA